UGUACAGAGGAACCUACCGGGCUCUGCGGAGUAGUAGGUACCGCGCAUCCUAUUCUGGUGAUUCCAGACCUGCACAGUGUCCUCGCUUUUUUAUUUCCCGGGGCCGUCGCCAUGAGCUUCUUUGGCUUUGGGCCGGCCGCGGAGCUAGAUAUUGCGUUGACUGAUGCGGAAAGCAGGCGCCGGGUGGAGCACAAGACUGAGGACGGCAAAAAGGACAAAUACUAUCUGUUCUAUGACGGGGAAACUGUGUCCGGACGGGUCACCGUUAACUUGCGGAACCCCGGCAAGCGGCUGGAGCACCAGGGGCUCAAAAUAGAGUUCAUAGGGCAGAUAGAGCUGUAUUACGACCGCGGCAAUCAUCACGAGUUUGUUUCAUUAGUGAAGGAUUUGGCUCGGCCUGGAGAAAUCUCCCAGUCACAGAGCUUUGAUUUUGAAUUUACUCAUGUAGAGAAACCUUAUGAGUCCUACACGGGUCAGAAUGUGAAGUUACGGUAUUUCCUGCGUGCUACACUCAGCAGGCGCCUUAAUGAUGUCGCUAAAGAGAUGGAUAUUGUGGUGCACACGCUUAGCACUUACCCUGAGCUCAACUCCUCAAUCAAGAUGGAAGUAGGGAUCGAAGAUUGUCUGCACAUUGAGUUUGAGUACAACAAGUCCAAGUACCAUCUCAAAGAUGUUAUUGUGGGCAAAAUCUACUUUCUUCUAGUUCGGAUCAAAAUCAAACACAUGGAAAUUGACAUAAUUAAGAGAGAAACUACAGGCACUGGACCAAAUGUGUACCAUGAAAAUGACACAAUUGCUAAAUACGAGAUCAUGGACGGAGCUCCUGUAAGAGGUGAAUCCAUUCCAAUCCGACUUUUCUUGGCUGGUUAUGAACUUACUCCAACCAUGAGGGACAUCAACAAAAAGUUCAGUGUGCGCUAUUACCUCAACUUGGUGCUAAUAGAUGAAGAGGAGAGGCGUUACUUUAAACAGCAGGAAGUAGUUUUAUGGCGUAAAGGAGACAUUGUGAGGAAGAGCAUGUCACACCAAGCCGCCAUCGCUUCUCAGAGGUUUGAGGGAACGAGUCACCCAGAGAUGAGACCACAGCACGGUGGAGCUGCUGCAGGGGAACAGGAGUACGAGUGACAUGUCAUGUUGGAAUUGUGUAGGUCUCUAAUGACCAAUUAUAAAGUAACUGGACCUCUCCAACCCCACUCCUCCACCACCUGUGCUAUUACCCUAGCACAGACUCUCAGCCAAUUCUUGUAGAGGGAUCGGACCAGCCUCACUCUGGGAAAGGCUAAAUCAAUCUCUUUCCGCUGCUAUAUGGCAUUACAUGAAACUGGGUAGAGCAGGUGGGAUAUCUGCCCUUUUAUCAUUUUAUUUUAUCCAUUUUCUGUUCUAUGCCUUGUCACUGUCCUGGCAAAUCUGCCAUUAAAGCCCAGGGUUGCCGCAAAGAUUGAGGGAGGUGAACAAUGUAGUUUUAUAAUGCAGGUUCCGAGGAGCUUUGUGCUACCACAGCAUUUGCGUCUUGUGCAGAGUUGUUCUAACCAGCCGGGAUACACACAGCAUUAAAUCUUGCAUUUUAUUUGUUGUGAUUACUAUGUCGCUAGUAGAUUACUAUUUGCACAGAAAACACAUUUUAUACACUGUGUUUAUGUGCAUCUCCAUUUAAACUGGAGAAAAGUUAAAUUAUAGAAAUGUAUAAAGAAAAACUAUGUAUAUAUAAAAAUGGCUUUGUAUACAAGGAGCCAAUUCCCCCAUGCAUAGAAUAUGGAAGCAUAGGGACACGUUAAUUAAUUUGCACUUGUGCGUACCUCUUGAACAAUAGUAUUUCCAUUACUAUAUGAAGUAUUUAUCCAUUCUAUAACACAAGCAAAGUUUGGGUUAUAGAGCAUAUAAAAAAAAAAUUGACACCCCAGCACACAUGUUAUGUGCUAAAAAGUAGGGGGUCUCCUGUGGUCCUUCAGAAAACUGGAUGCUUUAUAAAUCGUAAAUUAAAAGGACCAAAACAUUUUCAAUUACUUGCACCAAAUUUCAUUAUUACUAAAAUGAGCUAUGUAUACAUAAUGUAUACAUUCUAGUGGGACCCUGAAGUCGUCAUGUGAUCAAGAUUGUACAUGUAGUGUAAAACAUUCACAAUUUUGAGAAUCAUAUCUCCCUGAAGGUAAUUAAAAUGUGUUUGGCUCUUGCAGCCAAUCUUGGGCUUCUCAGCAUGAAAUGCAGAGAGAAUUCUGGGCAGCUCAAAUUUCAUGGGCUUUUCAAGGACAAUGUAGUCAAGUUGGCCAGUCAGAGGGCAGCAUGCGUAUUGCAAGAAUAUAACUUUUUUUUUUUUUAAUAAGAAAAAGACCCUUUAUAACUGUUGUAUGAUACUAUAUAUCUGCAAAAGUAGUCUAUUACCAGCAACGUUCUUUGUUAAACAUUCUUUAACAUUUAGUUACCUGUGAUCUGUGGCAUAUAAAGGUGUGUUCUUUCUUCCUUAUGGUAUAUGUGUCAUAUAUUAUAAAACAAAUAUUCCAGCCUUUUGCUAAAUGAAAUCGGUUAAUCGCUCUAUAAUACUGGAUUCUUUUGCUGCCAAGAAUAACAAACGUGGCUUUUUUUUGCUAUCAGAAAAUUACAGUUUAGCAUUUGAUAACUGAAUAUUUGUCCACAGUAUUUCAGUUACCCUUAGGUGGUAAUAAACCUAUUUAUUAGUUGAAGUAUACAUUAGUAAGAGCCUUGUGCCUCAGAAAGCAACAUUAGAUUGUAAGCUCUGAAGAGCAGGGAUACAUAGUGCCUGCAUUAUGUUUUACAAAGCACUGCAUGUCGGCAGUGCUUUAAAUUGAGAUUCAGUCUAAAUACUCUAUAUGACAAUAAGCUCCUCCAAUAAGAUCAUGUUUGGACUUCAGAUAAUUCCAUUGACUUUGCAGUGUUUUAGUCUAUAAUUUCAUUGUGUUUUAGAUGUCUAUUUUACAUUGGUUUUAUUAGACACAGAUUUAAAAAAAUAAAUAAAAAAAACUGAUCACUAAA